CCGGCCGACUUCCGGCCGCGGGGUGCGGGCGGCCGUGCGCGCUUUGUUGGCCGGCCUGAGGGCGGGCGGCCGGCGGCUCCGAGUGCAGGCUCGCGCCGUCCUCUCGCCGCUGGGCGCCGGCCACACUGGAAAUGAGUUUUGGAGGGCAUCCCUUUGUGGAACUGCAAUCAGUAUUCUUCCCACUGGUGCAUGUUUGAGAUUCUGACAUAGGAAGUGGUGACAAGAGGUGAUGCUGGAAGCUGAGUCUUUGAGGAUGGAAACCUACAUAAGGCAAUGUCAGAAACACUCGUAGUGAUGGAGCCCCCCACCCCUGAAUCCAGGGAGAUCCCUGAACCCAUAUUAGGGGGUCUUUUGGGAAACCCAGAAGGGCAGAGCCUGCGGAGUUGCCCCUCUCAGGAGGGAGGUUUCAAGCAGGUGACAGUCACCCAUUGGAAGAUCCAAACAGGAGAGUCAGCCCAGGUGGGUAGCAAAUCAGGAGGAAGCCCACUUCUGAGUUCAAACCUCCUCAUACUUCAGAGAGAGCUUAUAGGAGGGGAAGCCGAGCAGCAUGAGACUUGCAGCAAAAGCUUCACAUUUAACUCGGACCUAGUUAGACAUGAGGUUUCUCAUACUGGGGAGAAGUCCUACAAAUGUGAUCGUUGUGGGAAAGGCUUCAUCCAAAGCUCUCACCUUGCAGAGCACCAGAGAGUUCAUGCUGGAGAAAGACUCUAUGUGUGUAAUGUGUGUGGGAAAGACUUCCUUCACUAUGCAGGUCUUAUUGAGCACCAGAGAGCUCAUGUAGGGGAAAAGCCAUUCAAAUGUGUUCAGUGUGGGAAAGCAUUCUGUCACAGCUCAGACCUAAUUCGACACCAGCGAGUUCAUACCCGGGAGAGACCUUUUGAAUGCAAAGAAUGUGGGAAAGGCUUCAGUCAGAGCUCAUUACUUAUUCGACAUCAGAGAAUUCACACAGGAGAAAGGCCCUAUGAAUGUAACGAGUGUGGAAAAUCUUUCAUUAGGAGCUCAAGCCUUAUUCGACAUUAUCAGAUCCACACAGAAGUGAAACAGUAUGAAUGUAAGGAGUGUGGGAAGGCUUUCCGUCAUCGCUCAGACCUCAUUGAACACCAGAGAAUUCACACUGGAGAGAGACCCUUUGAAUGUAAUGAGUGUGGGAAAGCCUUUAUUCGGAGUUCAAAGCUUAUACAGCAUCAGCGGAUCCACACAGGAGAAAGGCCUUAUGUGUGCAAUGAGUGUGGGAAGCGUUUCAGCCAGACAUCAAACUUUACUCAGCAUCAGAGAAUUCACACUGGAGAGAAACUUUAUGAAUGUAAUGAAUGUGGGAAAGCUUUCUUUCUGAGUUCAUACCUUAUUCGACACCAGAAAAUACACACUGGAGAGAGGGUAUAUGAAUGUAAAGACUGUGGGAAAGCUUUUCUCCAGAAAGCCCAUCUCACUGAACAUCAGAAAAUUCACACUGGCGAUAGACCCUUUGAAUGUAAGGACUGUGGGAAAGCUUUCAUUCAGAGCUCCAAGCUUCUUCUACAUCAGAUUAUUCAUACUGGAGAAAAGCCCUAUGUAUGUAGUUAUUGUGGGAAAGGCUUUAUUCAGAGGUCAAACUUCCUUCAACACCAGAAAAUUCAUAAUGAAGAGAAACUCUAUGAAUGUGGUCAGUAUGGGAAAGAUUUCAACUCAGCUCCAAACUUUAAAAAUAAUCAAGGUGUUCACCAAGCAGAACUUCCCUUGAAUAAGACCCCUGUACAUUUGGGUGAGAAGUCUGUAGGUCAUGGGGAACUUUCAGAUAACUUAUAAUCAUUCUCUAACUCAAUGACAAUGUUUGGAAGUGAGUGGCAUGAGUCCUCAUUCACGUGGCUUUGGAUGUGUCAGCAUUUCCCAAAGUCACAGAUGGGCUGCUUUAGGAGUAGGCUACUGCCCGCCACUUAGCAGCAUUGCCAGACUGCUGUCCCCCUCCUCGGCUAGGAAUGUGUGUCCUCAGGAGAACCACAUGACUGGACGGCUGACUUUGAGCUGGAACAAUGUUGGGGAGGAGCUAGGUCUCAAGGCUUCUAUAUUUUAUUGCACAAUGACAAUUCAACCCUGAGCUAAACCCCUUUUACAGCAGAACUAUGUAUCUGAUCUUAUUCUUAAAACUUUGAGUAUUAUGUAGCAAUUUUUGACCUAUCAAAAAGGCAAGUUGGAAAGAUACUUUCUUAUUUUAAACCAUAAGUUGGUACCCUGUUGUCCUUAAGAUAAAUUCUAAACUCCCUGUCCUGUAUCCUAAGGCCUUUUCCUCUCUGGAACCAUGUCUCCCACCAUUUAACUCUGCAACAUAGUUGGCACUGCAGCAACACUGAUUGACAUCACCACUUGUCCAAGCUUUUCAUGCCCCUUUGCUUUUGUCCUUAUUUGAAUACUCUCCUCUCCUCACCUAGUUAACUCAUCAUGAGUCAAGACCUGUCUGAGGCAUCAUGUCAGGCUAAGCCAGCUACCCCUCUGUGCUUCUGUUUCUCUGCUCGCCUCCAUGACUGCACGUACUUUGAUAUGUCAAAAUCAUGUUUUUAUAUACUAUCAUUAUUACACUAAAUUCUCUAAGGACAAUGAUCAAUCAUUAAUUUAUGUGUCUGACAUCUAGUGGAAGGCAGUAAAAAGCACACCCCAAAUCUAUGUGUAAUUGGCACCUCUAUUGCUUGUCCUUUCUAUAUUUUAUUUUUAAAAACAUCUUGGAUAUUUUUGUUGUUUUGUAAUAGGAUAAUUACUGUUCUACUGGAAAUAUCUUCUGUUAGCCCCAGUGAUGUUUUCUGCUCAUACUUAGAAGUUGCAAGCAAAAGCCAUCUAAGACUGGCACCCCUGUUAUUUAUUACCUGUAGAGCUCAGCCAUGACCACUUGCCUUCAGGGAGCAUUGUCUUCAUUUAGUUGUGUAUCUUUCUGAGCCACUCGGGGCACAUGAUUCCAGUGUACUACACAACUUUAUUCUGUCUUAAUAGAUUGAACUCAACUUUUGUCACAUCCCCUGAUCUCUCACUCAUUUUGUCUUUUACUUGAAAAGUGUAUUGCUCUAUAAAGACCAGUUCUAAAAACUGGAAAAACAGAUUAAGUAAGACAUCAUCCAUCCUGAAGUCAUUCAAAGUCAAAUGGGGAAGACAGAUCAGUACAGAGUUAAAUGUUGAAAUUGAAGUAUGUUCCAAGUCGUGUAGGAGCAUAGCUAAGAAGGUGACUGAUUUUGACAUAGAGGAUCUGGCAUGGCUUCUCAGAAGAGGUCCACAGACAUAAAUAGGCAUUUGUCAGCUGGAGAAGAAAAGAGUGCUCUGGGAGGGAAUAUGCAGAAACGGAGGUGUGGGAGGCUGUUUAGCAGAGCUGUUGAAAAGCAGGCAAGUUUUACUGCCCAGCGGAUAGCGGUCUAGCGAGACUAUUGUUGCCUCUGUAUUCCUUGUAUCUGAAUGUCAACCAAAACAACUGGUUUCAAAAUGACAUAUAGCAGGGUUUUUUUUGCCCGUGAGAGCAUAUUUGAGUUCUUAACAAAUUCCAGCAACCCUAGGAGCCUUCAGGGGGUAAAUAAUUAAAAAAAGACAUGCAAUACUCCACCUUCUGGAACAUUUACCAUUAUCAGAGGUAUUUUACAUGGUAUAGGAGCAGAUAUCAGAUCAUUUUGGUCAACUUCAUUGAGGUCCAAUUUCUAUACAGUAAAAUACCUAUUUUAUGUGUACAGAGUUCUGAAAAAUCUAUACACCAUGUAACAACCAUAAGAAUCAAGAAAAAUAACACUUCUAUCAUCCAAAAGCAUUCCCUUUUGCCUUUUCCCAGCUAACCCCACCCCAGCCCCAAGUAACCACUUCCUGUCAGUGUAGGUUAGUUUUGCUUAUUCUAGGACUUUGUAUAAAUGGAUUCAUAUAGUAUAUAAUCUUGUGUGUCUUAAUUCUUUCACUUUGGCAUGUUCUAAAAGCUCAAAUUAGUUACAUGUUUUAGUAGCUCUUUGCUGCAUAGUGUUCCAUUUUAAGGAAAAGCCAUCAUUUGGUAUUCAUCUGUUGAUAGAAAUUUUGGUUUCCAGAUUUGGUUCUUAUGAAUAAAACUGCUAUGAGCACUUGUGUAAAAGUA